AUGCUCUAUAGAAAUUCGCUGCAGAUAUCGAGAAGACCCACCCUCUACUCGCACUCACUAAUUUCCACCACUACCACCACCACCGUCGUCAAUAAGGGUCUGUUCUCCACGACGACGGCAAGAUCUAAUGGAGGUGGCGGACGUACUCCGAUACAGAUAUUUCGUGAUACGUUCAAGAAGGAAUGGGACAAGUCACAGGAGUUACAGGAAAAUAUUAAGGCUCUACAUGAUGCCUCCGGUAAACUGAGUGAGUCGGAAACUUUUAAGAUGGCAAAGGAUGCCUAUUUGAAGGCUCACAAGGGAAGUUCUACCAUUUUGUCAAAGACGAUGCAAAAGACCGGGGAGACCGUGGAAAAUAUGGCUUCUAAGGCUUGGGAUUCGGAAAUUGCCAAGUCCACGAGAGAAGCUGCAAAGAAAACUGCUGAUACGUUGGAUAAAUCCUUCGAACCAGUGAGAAAGACUCAGGUGUAUAAGGAUAUUUCUGAAGUUAUCGAUGAUGGUGAUAGUUCAAGAUAUGGUGGGUUUAUCACGAAGGAGGAGAGAAGAUUGAAAAGAGAGUCUGAUUUGGCAUCUGGGAAAAGACAAAGAGCUAUAAAGAGUAAUGAAGAAGCAGGGACCGCGUUGGUGGCCACUGACAUCGAGGCAAAGCAAUCUUUUGGUAAGAAAGUGGAAGAUUUUAAAGAAAAGACUGUGGUUGGUAAGACAAUGAGUUCUGUAAAGGUUAAAUUAUGGGAUGAAAGUGAAAAUCCAUUGAUUGUCUUCUUAAGAAAAAUUACAAAUAAAAUCGGUGGAUUCUUUGAUGAAACUGAAUCUGCAAGAGUAUACACUCAAUUCAAAAUGAUGGACGCCACAUUUACCAAUGAAGGGUUCACUAGACAUUUAAGAGAAUAUAUUGUCCCUGAAUUAUUAGAAGCCUACAUUAAAGGUGACGAGAAAGUAUUAAAGAAAUGGUUCAGUGAAGCUCCUUUCAACGUCUAUUCUGCACAACAAAAAGUGUUUAGAGAACAAGGCCUAUUCUCUGAUGGUCGUAUCUUAGAUAUUAGAGGAGUGGAAAUUGUUAGUGCCAAAUUAUUGGCUCCUCAGGAUAUUCCAGUGUUAGUCGUAGGUUGCAGAGCUCAAGAAAUUAACCUAUAUAGAAAAGUGAAAACUGGAGAAAUUGCUGCCGGUGAUCAAUCUAACAUUUUAAUGAGCUCUUAUGCCAUGGUCUUCACCAGAGACCCUGAACAAAUCGAUGAUGACGAAACGGAAGGUUGGAAGAUUUUAGAAUUUGUUCGUGGUGGAUCAAGACAAUUCACUUGA